AUGGUUUCUGAAGUUGAUGCCGCCAAGCCCAAUGCCUCUACGGCCAACGCCCUUGUCGGCCUGUCUCGCGAGAAGAUGGAGCAGUUCAAGGAGAAGGCGGAGCGCCGAGGCGUGGUGUACAUUGCACGCGUUCCGCCCUUCAUGAAGCCAGAGAAGCUGCGCUACCUGAUAGGCAAAUACGGCGAGCUGAAUCGCAUCUACCUGGUGCCAGAAGACAAAGCGCUGCACAAGAAACGCGUAAGUAGCGGCGGUAACCGUCGGCAGAAGUACACUGAGGGAUGGAUCGAGUUCGAGGACAAGAAGGUGGCGAAGCGCGUGGCCAAAAUGCUCAAUACGACGCUGAUCGGCGGACGCAAGCGCGACUACUACCAUGAUGAUAUGUGGAAUCUCAAGUAUCUCAAGGGUUUUAAAUGGGAUCACUUGACUGAGAAGAUCGCGUACGAGAACCGUAUCCGAGACCAGAAGUUGCGCAUGGAGAUCGCGCAGGCGAAGAAGGAGAACGAGGCGUACUUGGAGCGCGUGGAGCAGUCUAAGCAGUUCGAGAAGAUGGAGGCACGGAAGGCCGACAAGAAGCAAGGUGGAGACGCAGCACAAGACGCCAUGCAAAACGUACGUCGCACUUUCCACCAGAAGGCUCCCACAAGCAGCAAACAGAAUCAGUCGCUCGGAGAUGGAGAGCUCGAGAAGGUCUUUGUCGCCAGCAGCAAGAACAAGAAACGCCGGGUGGCGUAG